CCCUCAUUUAGUAUUGCUUCCUGCAGCCUCAUCAAUAUACGUUCCAACAUUAAACUCUAUCGACGAAUGGCACUCAAAACGCACAGCACCAAUAUACAACUCGCAUAUGCAAAAUACUUGAUACAGAUUGCCAAAUUAUUUGGAAGUGGCAGUAGCAGUAAGGACACCACUGCUUCAACUGAAACUCCUUCACAGAUUCGAUAUCGACUAUUGACGGAGGCUGGUUAUUGGAUUGAACGCCUCGCGCGUACAGGCAAACCAGAAGCUCUAUUUAUUCAGGGUCGUUGGUAUUUGUUAGGCCCCAAUGCCUCAGAAGAUGAAGGUUGUGUCUUGAAAGCCUACACUGUCAAAGUACAAGAAUCCAAAGCAUUCAAAUGCUUUUUAAAAGCGUCCAGAGGCGGCUGGACAGAAGCGCAUUAUGAGCUAGCUCAAUUGUGGAAAAAGCGUGGUCAAUAUGCUCGAGCUAUUCAAUGUUACGAAAAGGGAGCUAACGCGAAUCAUACGCCAUCCAUCUAUAAAAUGGCCAAAGUUUACCUACGCGGUCAGUUGAAGAAGAAGAAAAACAUUCGAAAAGGUAUGGAUUAUUUAAAGAAAGCGGCGGAUAUGGAAGAUGCUGCUAGUGCCGAACCAGCAUUUGUCCUUGGUUGCAUUUAUGCUCAUGAAUAUGACCGCAUUGAGGACUCGGCACUAAAUAACAAACUUGCUCUCAACUAUUUGAGGAAGUCUGCAGAUUUUGGCUAUGCUGACGCUAUAUAUUUCAUGGGUCAAGUGUACGAAACAGGCAUGUUGGGCCAGUUAUGUGACGUGUGGCAAGCUUUCCAGUUUUACACAAAGGCUGCCGAUGUCGACCAUGCUGGAGCUAUGCUAGACCUAUCGCGUAUUUAUUGUCAAGGUAUACCUAGUUUGCUAGCUGCUCAACAUGAGCUCGCUUUUAAAUGGUGCAAACGCUCUGCCGAUCUAGGAUUUGAUCAGGCCGAGUAUGUCUUGGGC